AUGGCUGCGGAAGAACAUUCUCCUGAGAGAAGAGAAGUCUCUGCUUCUGCUUCUGCGUCUACUUCUGUGGUAGUGAAUUCGAGGGUAGGAGAGAACGAUGCUCAUCGCCUUAGGUUGGGACCGAACGACUCGCUUCUCCCUGGUCUUAUCGAUGACGUUGCAUUAAAUUGUCUUGCUUGGGUUCCGAGAUCGGACUAUCCUUCGUUGUCUUGUGUAAACAAGAAGUACAAUAAGUUGAUCACCGAUGGGCAUUUGUUUGGUCUGAGGAAGGAGUUGGGGAUAGUGGAGUAUCUUGUAUUCAUGGUUUGUGACCCGAGAGGUUGGUUGAUGUUUUCUCCUAUGAAAAAGAAAUGGAUGGAGCUACCUAAAAUGCCCUGCGACGAGUGUUUCAACCACGCGGAUAAAGAGUCUUUGGCUGUAGACGACGAGCUUUUGGUUUUCGGGAAGGAGUUGUUUCAGUUUGCGAUUUGGAAAUAUAGUUUGAGGUCUCGGUGUUGGGUCAAAUGCGAAGGAAUGCAUCGUCCUCGUUGCUUGUUUGCAUCGGGAAGCCUCGGCGGAAUAGCUAUUGUUGCGGGAGGAACUGAUGUGAACGGUAAUAUAUUAGCAUCAGCAGAGCUUUAUGAUUCUUCAUCAGGGAGAUGGGAAAUGCUUCCUAAUAUGCAUUCACCUCGAAGACUAUGCUCGGGAUUUUUCAUGGACGGUAAAUUUUACGUGAUUGGAGGCAUGUCGAGUCCUAAUGAGUCGGUUACCUUAGGGGAGGAAUUUGAUCUCGAGACAAGGAAAUGGAGGAAGAUUGAAGGAAUGUAUCCAAAUGUGAACCGAGCAGCCCAAGCUCCGCCUCUCGUUGUGGUGGUUAACAACGAGCUAUUCACACUCGAGUACUUAACCAAUAUGGUAAAGAAGUACGAUAAGGCGAAGAACAUGUGGGAAGUGAUGGGGAGGCUACCGCCGAUGGUGGACUCGUCAACCGGUUGGGGAUUGGCAUUUAAACCGUGCGGGGACCAACUGUUGGUGUUUUGCGGGCAACGAGGCUCUAACGGUGAAGGCAUUGUUGUGAAUUCAUGGUGUCCGAAAUCGGGAGCUAAAGAUGGAAACUUGGAUUGGAAGGUGGUUGGAGUUAAAGAGAAUGUUGGUGUGUUUGUGUAUAACUGCGCAGUGAUGGGUUGUUAA